CCCGGGAUUUUGUUUGUACGGUUCGGCGAGGGUAAAAAAGCCGAGGGCCAGACCGUGGUGUAGUCGGGGCAACGCGGUGUCGCACGUAAAAUGACGUAGAGUGUGCGUGUAGGGUGUGCCGCGCGCGGUACGAGGUUGUGUGCAGCGGAAACGGUGUCGCGGUGUGUAGGGUCGGCGCUGCUCGUAGCUAUCGUAGCGUACACGGGAAAUUGGCCGUGGCUUCGCCAAUGGAUGCCAGGCAGGAGGAGACGCCAUUUUGAUAUACGGGCGCACGUCAAGCGUUCGCUCUAAGGGAAACGCGCUCUCGAGAAGUCGGUCUGCAGCCGCGUCCGGUCCGCGUGGUCGAAUUCGUUGGUACGGUCCGGUUCACGGGUAUUGUUGGUAAUACGUGUGCGUGGCGCAACGUAUCCCGAGCGAGCGUUUCGUUGACAAGUGACAGGUGAAUCGAUCGCGGGCCCGCGAGGAAAGUCGCGUUGCGGCCCCCGUGUGCCCGUAACGCGGUUCGCUCUCUCGCGGUCGAUCGGUAGUGACUACUGUGUGUGGAACCUACUACGUGUACACGAAGGAGGAUUCGGAUUUUUCCCCACGCGUGGCGAGUUCCCAGUGCCGAGGGACACGCACGGUAGCAGGCUCGUGUAUAUUGGUGCGCCGAUCCUCCCGGGGUGGCGGUGUGUGUACGCCAGCCAGACAGGGAAAACCAAGCCGCCGUCUCGUUUCGCGCGCGCGACAGAGAGGCCACCGGCCGACACUUCGGGCCAGGACAAGACGACCCAAUGUCGGGAGCGGGUCGCGACCCCGUGUCGACCCGUGGUCGUCCUCGUCCUCGUCCUCUGUUAUCCACCUCCUCAUCCUUCUGUCUCGUGGCACCAGGACGCUCCUGGCGUAAAUGUGUUCCCAUGAGCACCCAUGUGCUGCUGCGCCUAUUUUUCUGCCUGCUGCCCCUACGUGCCCUGUAAACCCAGAGCACACCCCGAUUAGCACGCCCACGCACUCUAUCGCUCGCGAAUAUGGCCAAGAUCCUCAACAAGGACCCUGUCACCUACGAGAGGGAGAGGGAAAACUUCCUGAAGGACCUCCGUCACUUUCAUGAGACCAGAGGAACUUCGUUCAAGAAAUGCCCGAAAAUUAAUGGAAAAGAUGUAGAUCUGUACUUGCUAUACGUCGUCGUCACUGCCCACGGAGGAUGGAUCAAGGUUAAUAGCAGAAACGAGUGGACAUUGCUAUGCGAACAAUUCCAUCUACCCAACGGCUGCGUCAACAGCGGGGUUGGCCUUAAACAAAUUUACCUUAGGUAUCUGGACAGGUACGAGAAGGUGCAUUUCUUAGGAGAGGACGGCCAACAAGCCGACGACGAUGACGAGGACUCCAGACACAGAAAGUGGUCUGCCAGGGCAUUACACUCCGUUCCUCUUACGUAUAAUCAUCAUCAACACAAUGUCGCAGAAUCUCUUCGUGAAUACAAUGGCCUUUCAUCGGACCUUUAUAAGCCAUCCAACUACGAUAAGCUCGCACUCUCUCUCCUCUCGCCGCUGCCCAACGAGCAGGACUUCGCCAUCAACGUUUGCACGUUACUGUCGAACGAGGGCAAGCAUAUCUUGCGUCUCGACAAAUAUCCCCGUCUGGUAAACAUUCUUUUGGCGCACGCGGGUGUCUUCGAUUCGCCGGGCACGCGGCAGCUCUUCAUCGAGGUCUACUCCCGAGUAAGGAAUUACUCGAUCAAUUCCUUCUGGUCGGACGUCCUCGACUCUCAGGACGUGAUAGAUCUCACGAACGAGAGGACGUUCAUGAAGAAACCGAACACCAGCCCGAAGACCUUUUCCAGGCGGAAAAUUUUAGAGAAGGAGAAACAGAACAAAAGCGCCGCGCCGACAGAGAACGAUGAGGCUUCUACGUCGAUGGACAUUGACGGGGUACUUCCAGAUUGUCCAAGAUUGGAUCCGAUUGGAUCUCAUCAGGAUGAGAAUUUGAAAGAUCAGAACCAAAACUCCAUAAAGUUUGAGGAGGAGGACAAAGACUUGUUUUGUGUUGGACGAACGCUAGGAACGCAAGAUCCUUAUGGUCAACGAGUACUGCAAAUCGCAUCUAUUUUACGGAAUCUAAGUUUUACACCAGAGAACGCUGCCGUAUUAGGGAGGAAUCGGUGUUUCUUGAGAUUCGUAUUACUGUGCGUGAGAGCGAGGUGGAGUAAUUUGCAUCAGCUUGGGUUCGACAUACUAGGGAACAUAGCAAAUGAAAUAAUCUUAAAAGAAGCUGGCGAGAGGAUAACGGAUGUUGUGUUGUCAUGCGUGGCGAAGGGAAUUGAAUCCCAAGACAGGUUUAUUGUUAUUUCCUGUUUGGAGGUGCUUAAUAAAAUUAGCCAACAAGACAGCAACGAAGAAAUCGUUACGUUUGGAUUAGAAGACAAUGUUUAUGAUCUUAUAUGCAGGUUUUUAGCUCUGAACGACAUAGCUCUUUUAGUAUAUACCUUGGAAUGUUUGUAUGCUUUGACUUCUUUGGGUGAAAGGCCAUGUACUAGCGUCGCGCGGGUACGCGGAGCUAUUGACACGUUAGUCGCCCUUGUAACCGUAGAAGCGCAGAGUUAUGGACCGAAAGCUUGUAUUCUGAUGAGAGUGAUCGAAACAGUGUCCACUGUAGCGGCAUCCCCGAACACUACUCAGAACACUCCGGUUACCGCCGCAGCUCCAGCUACGACAGUGUCCGCGUCUGUACCAACUACUCCAGCAACGAUUACCGCAGCACCAGCUCCCGUUAGCCCAGCACCGUCGCGACCAACAACUCCAGCUGCGACUGUAACCAAAUCUACGACGCACAAAGCAGUGGAGACAAACAAUUCUCUUCAACAGCAGCACGCGCACCAACAAAUUAUACAAGAAAACGAGCAAUUUGCUCUAGGUUGGUUAAGAGCUACUUUUGAACUUGCACCGGGUGUACGUAUAGAACAAGAAGAAUUGUACAAGAGGUAUCUAGGUUGCUGCACAAAGAUUGGCAGAAGAGGCGUAAUUGCUCCGCUUCAUUUUCCAAGAUGUGUUAGAUCUGUAUUUGGUGGAAGCGUUGGACCAAAUCCAUUGAAAGGUGAAACAACUGGUACUCAGUAUUACGAAGGAAUCAGAGUACGGGCCACACCUCCCCAAGUAACUUAUCCGAGCCAAACUGCAGUUGGGACUAACACAGCUCCAAUUCCAGCACUCAACGCAACUCCAGUAAAGGUGCAUCCCGUACAACAGCGUACAAUCAAGAGUAUAAGUCCUGCUCCUGAUAGCACGGCCCUAGACAAUCCUGCAUCUGGGCCUCAAAAAACCCCCGCCCCAGCGUCACCCAUCCUGAAAGCCCAAUUAUCUGCUCCGCCCAAACCACCAUCCACUACUUCAAAUACUUCGAAUCAAUCCCAAAAUCCAGUCACCAAGGUUGAUUCUAAAAGUCAGGUGUCGGUAUCGCAUCCUCACCUAAGUCAAGCGUUGCUGUGUAGUGGAGCCCAAGCGCAACCGCAACAGCAACAACAACAACAGUUGCAGCAAGUACAACAACAUUCUCAAACUGUCCAGGUAGUUGCAAAGGAAGAUAACCGAAGUGGUACUACAUCCAGUUCCAUAAUAAAAAGCCUUCUGGCUACUAAGGUAACGGUUAGCAGCGACUGCAUGCCCAGUACUGCUGCGACUUGUGUGUCUACCCCUACUGCCUGUGUAACAAACACUACUGCUAGCAUCGCAUCCAGCAUCAGUGCCAACCAGCUAAUAACCAGCAACCAGGUUGCGCAACGCCAACAGCAACAGAGGCUACUGCAGCAACAGUUAAUUAACGUAUCACAGCCACCCUCAAACAUAACUACAUCAACAAUACUCCCAAAGACUCCCAUCAACUCGAAACAAAAGCCAGCUAUUACACCCAUUCCUGCCAAAAAGAUACAAAGGCUUAACGGAGCCAAAUUUAUUAUGACUAAUAAUUGCGACAAGACUGAAAUAAAUGAUAAUGAAAAUGUCAACCAAAUCGCAACAUCGACGACUUCUUCCACUGUGGUUAUGAACUCGACAGAAAAUCACAUAUCGUCCACGAUAAAAGUAUGUCGGCCUCCAACAACAAUCGCAGCCACCAUGAACAAGACGAAUCAACGUUCCACUUGCACGUCCAUCGCCGAGGACUCGGACUCGACCAACAAUUCCUUAGCGUCUAGCAGCGGUAUAGGUGGCAGCAGGGAUUGUUCCGGUGUCGGGGUCGAAGAAGAGAACUCCUUAACGAGUUUCGAAGGAAUUCUUUUAAACGGUGCACCGAGUAACAUGGAUAUCGACGUACAGGAGGAUGGAUCUUCAAAAGAUUCGUCCAGUGUAACGUCUAAAGAGAAACCCUUGCAAAGUAUGAUGCUCGCGGAUCUGCUGGAAAGAAAGGUCGAGAAAGAACCCAUCUUGAACGGCGUCCUGGGAAAGAAUUCGAUCAACGAGAAAGGAAUGGACCUGGUAGAGAACCACAUUAAAAAAGUACUAAAAGAAUCUCCAACCGACAUUAAAAUGAAAGCAGAAGUAGAGGAAGGUAACGUUAUACAGACGGAGGUGUCUGAAGAUACUUUGAUCGAACCGCCGAGAGGUAUGAAGAGGGCGGCCAGUGAAUCCGACGAGAUAGACGCGAAGAAAUUAAAGUAUUCCAACGGUACGAUGUCGCCGGAUCCCGCCGUUGACUCAACGACCGCUGAAUCCACCGUCUCGAGUAUAAAGUCUGAAGAGCAAGAUGACGACAAGGACAGUGAAAAGGCAACCGUUUCGUCAACCGCCGCGAAUCUUUAUGCUGCUCUGGCUGCGGAUUGUAUAGAGGAUGAAACAGACCUCGACGAGAACGUUAAUGUAAAUGUUAUUAAGGAAGAACCUCCUCCGACGAUAAAGGAAGAACCUCAUAUAUUCGCCAAUCAAAUUAACCAGCAACAGCAAUCGUCGCAGCAGCAGUCUCAACAGUCGUUGCAACAGUCGCAGCAACAAUCGUUGCAGGCGGCGCAACAUCAGCUACAACAGCAGGCUCAGCAGCAAUUGCAGCAGCAGGCGCAACAACAACUCCAACAACAGGCGCAGCAACUCCAACAGCAGGCGCAGCUUCAGCAACAGGCGCAACAACAACUUCAGCAGCAGGCGCAGCAGUUGCAACAACACCACCAGCAACAAAUGCAACAGCACCAGCAACAAUUGCAACAACAGCAGCAACAACAUCAACAGCAACUUAUCGUCGCGGCACCGAGGCAAAUAGUAGUACAGCAAACGAUUCAACCGAACAAUCAAGUUAUCAUACCGACUGCCACGGUGAAGGGGAGACAGACACAGCCACAGCAAGUUCUGCUGCAGCAAGGAGCUGGAGGACAAUUGCAAUACGUUGUUUCCGGUGGCGUACCUGGUCAGAAUUACGUUUUAGCUCAGCCACAGACGACGCUGGUCCAGGGUCAAGCGCAAACUGUUCUAGUGGCGCAGACGACGCAGCAGCAGGGAACAGGCGCGAAGACAAUUAUCAUUUUGCAACCUCAAGCAGCCACUCAGCCUACCCAACAAAAAAUGGUGGCGGUCACGCCUCAGGGGCAGCAAGUAGUCGUCACACAAGUAUCGCGGCCCAUUCUACAGAGUCCUGCACUCGGGAACAUACCUCCACCGCUCGUCCCGACGUCGGGCACGAUUCCACAAACUUCCAUAAUAGUUAACAGUUCGGUAGCACAAACGAAUCCAAACACGGUGACCGUCACGAUCCCCGCGAUGGCUCAGCAGACGCCCGUGUCGACGAGCGUGCCGUCUAGAGUCGUGACGCCCACGCCAGCGUCGACACCGCCGCCCACCAGACCCACCACGCCACAUCAGGCGGCCGCAACGCACGGAUUGCCGACGAAACAACCAGUUAAAGUUAUAAAGACUAUCAGUUCCUCGACCUCCACGGAGCCAGAAUCUAAACCGUCUACAAGUCAAAAUUUGCCGGAGAACAAGACUAUCACGAUUAAAAUCGAUCCUAAUGCCUAUUUGUGCGAAUGGCGAGGGUGCUUGAGGCAAUUCAAAACAUCGCACGAAGUUUACCUUCACGUGUGCGAGGCACACUGUCCAACCAGCGGAGAAGAAAUACUGUGUCUCUGGGCAAGUUGCGAUGCCUUGAAAAGGCGUAGGUUUUCGUUAAUGACACAUCUGUACGACAGGCAUUGUAACGCAGAGACAAUGUCGAUGAGAAGGAAACAGUUGACGGUAACCGGGAAAACCGAGGUUUCCACAUCGACAACACCGACUCCUCAUCAUCCUGGCUACGCACCGAAUGCAGCAUUCCAUGCAAUUAAACGGCACGCCUUGGAAUUCGUGAAUCCAAAGGAGUUAAUGCAAAGGCCGACCAAGCCCGCUGCAGCCACCACAAGCUCUUCUUCCCCCAGACCUGGGCAAAAUCCUCCACCAGAACAGGACGACAACGAAGGUCCAGUGACCAAAAGUAUUCGCUUGACAGCAGCUCUUAUUCUCAGAAACCUAGUCAUAUAUUCAACCCAUGGCAGAAGGCACCUCAGAGCGUACGAACCACAUUUGGCAGGUGUGGCAUUGAGUAAUGUCGAAUCAUCAAGAACAAUCGCACAAGUUUUGUACGAUAUGAACGAUCAAUGCACCAGUAGCCAUAGGUGACCUCUUGAACCAGGCCUCUAAAAGAAAGCUCUUUAAUGUUGUGAGCAGCGAUCAACCUGUUUAUUUUGAAUCUUAGUGUAAAGUGAAAGAAAAAACAGAGAAGUAAUACUGUAAGGUUAUGAGAUUUGCAACUAAUUUGCAAAAAAUAAAAAUAAAAAAUAAAAGAACUGUGCUUGUGCGGUAAAACGAAGGGAAGGAACGGUCAAGAGGAGAAAAUACUAAGAGGAUGAGGAUGACACGGCAAUGUUCCAUAUUAUUAAAAGAGGCCUAUAAACUUACUAGGCAAGCCGAUUUGCCGAUUUAGACUAUAAUAAUGUACUAUAAUUAGUAAUCAUGAACGAAAGACAGUAGUUGUUGAAGUGACGCGGAUUCAGUGAUAAUGAAAAAAAUGAAUAAAAACAAAAACGAGAUAAUAUUUCAAAUUUAAUAUUAAUAUUUAUUUUCUCAACAAGAAGCGGAAGAAAUGUUUUUAGUAAUCGUGUACAAAAAAAAAGGCGAAGAAAAUACUUUA